CUCUUUCUCCCUCACACAAAAAUACACAAAUACACAACGAUCCAAACAAGCCACCCAACAUUCUCCGCUCAAACAACACCCUCCGCUUCUUUACUACCACACAAAGAACCACCGCGAAAAUGCCCCUCGUAGUCCCAGGCCUCCAGUCCAAAGAUGGCAACAGCGGCGACGACUGGCUCACGAAGCUCAUGGGCAAGAAACUCGGCGACAGCCACGAUGAAGUCACAUUCGCGAAGCAGGACCUCCCCAAGGAGCACCGCGUGCUGCAGCCGGACAGCAUGAGCACCAUGGACCACAAGCCCGAGAGGCUAAACAUCCACGUCGAUGAGGAGGGUACGGUCAAGAAGGUCAGGUACGGUUAGAUAUAUAAGGGGUUUUGCGAGCUCAUUUCUCGAGUGAAGGGUUAGAAUAUGAUGAUGAAUACGAACAUGUUAUGAUGGGACAUACAUAUAUCUAUGCUUUUAUCGUUGGGGUCAUACUACGCCGAUGUUGAUGAUAGU